AGCUGCCCGGUGAGCCUGGCAGAGCCUUGGGCGCCGAGGCGGUGGCUCCCCCCAACAAUUACACGAGGUAACAAAUUGGAAUUGAGACUUCAGGCCCCAGAUAAAUUGUUCACUGUUGGAAGGGACAUGGCUGUGGCCCUGGGUUGUGCGAUCCAAGCCUCCUUGAAUCAGGGCUCCGUGUUUCAAGAGUAUGAUACCGACUGUGAAGUCUUCCGCCAGCGCUUCAGACAGUUCCAGUACAAAGAAGCAGCCGGGCCUCAUGAAGCUUUCAACAAACUCUGGGAGCUUUGCUGUCAAUGGCUGAAACCAAAACUACGUUCUAAGGAACAAAUCUUGGAGCUGCUAGUGUUAGAGCAAUUCCUGACGAUUCUGCCCACGGAGAUAGAGACCUGGGUGAGGGAACAUUGCCCAGAGAAUAGAGAAAGAGUUGUGUCACUGAUAGAAGACUUACAGAGAGAACUUGAGGUCCCAGAGCAGCAGGUGGAUAGGCAGGAAGUGCUCUUGGAAGAACUGGCACCGGUGGGAACGGCGCACAUACCACCAAACAUCCACCUGGAGUCACCCCCAGUCCAAGUGAUGGGACCUGCCCCCGAGGCCCCAGUGGCAGAGGCAUGGAUCCCACAGGGAGGGCCGCAGGAGCUGAGCUAUGGUGCUGCUGGGGAAUGCCAGCCCUUUCUGGACCCAGGGCCAGGAUAUCCAAUACCAAAGCUUGACGUGAGCUUUCCAUUGGAGCAGAGAGAAGAGGCAUGGGUGAAGGAACUACAAGAUUCCAAAGAAAUUAAACAGUUACUUGAUUCCAAGAUAGGUUUUGAGAUCGGGAUAGAAAAUGAAGAAGAUACUUCAAAACAGAAAAAAAUGGAGACUAUGUAUCCAUUUAUUGUUACAUUAGAGGGGAAUGCUCUCCAUGGUCCCAUUUUGCAAAAAGACUAUGUACAGUUAGAAAAUCAAUGGGAACCCCCACCAGAGGAUUUACAGACAGAUUUAACAAAACUUGUAGAUAAUCAGAGCCCCUCCACAGGAGAGAAACCUGAGAGCUCCAACUUGGAAGAACCUCUCAACCCUAGACCCCAUAAGAAAAAGAGUCCCGGGGACAAACCUCACCGAUGUUCUCAGUGUGGAAAAUGUUUUGCUCGGAAGUCACAACUUACAGGGCACCAGAGAAUUCAUUCAGGAGAGGAACCUCAUAAAUGCCCUGAAUGUGGAAAAAAAUUCCUCCGUAGUUCAGACCUUUAUAGACACCAACGCCUGCAUACAGGAGAGAGACCCUACGAAUGCACUGUGUGUAAAAAGCGAUUCACUCGGCGGUCACACCUUAUAGGACACCAGAGAACCCACUCUGAAGAAGAAACAUAUAAGUGCCUCGAGUGUGGGAAAAGCUUUUGUCAUGGAUCAAGUCUUAAAAGACAUCUGAAAACUCAUUCGGGUGAAAAACCUCAUAGAUGUCAUAACUGUGGGAAAAGUUUCAGUAGACUGACAGCUCUUACUUUGCACCAGAGAACUCACACAGAAGAAAGACCUUUCAAAUGUAAUUAUUGUGGGAAAAGCUUUCGACAGAGACCAAGCCUUGUUAUUCAUCUAAGAAUUCAUACAGGGGAGAAACCAUACAAGUGUAGUCAUUGUUCUAAAAGCUUCAGGCAGAGAGCAGGCCUUAUUAUGCACCAAGUCACUCAUUUUAGAGGACUUCUUUAGGAAUUGUUAAAGGAAACCGGUCCUGCAGAAAUUGUCACUAACAACAACAACAAAAAAUCUUAACCUGCAGCAGGCAGUUUGUGUUAGAAGAAUCUUUUUGUUUGAGCUUAUAAGGACAGGCUUUUUUUUUUCACUUUUUAAAAACUCAUCUUUCAAGGCAUAUGAAUUCUAGAGUGUCCACCUAUACUUGUAGCUUACCAAGAUUUGAUUUAUUCUGUCUCUACAGCCUUUAUUUUUUUAUUGCAAUGAAAAUUUUUGUGUCCCAAGCCAACCGUAUCAUAGAUGUAAACAUAAAGCAUAUAAAUAAUGACAGUCCUUUUCAGGCAGGGUCAGUAUAAUGGGUUAGCAUGUCUAUCUGACAUAUCUAUUAUAGCAGCACCAUAAUUAUUCUGCUGUCAUUAUUAAAGGUGAUGAUAUAGUUCAAAGCUUUAUAUGUGUCCCAAGUGGCAAGAAAGGAGAUAGUAUAUUUUGUCAAAUAAUAAAAAUGUGUCAGGAAUGCAUGGAUGAAAAGGAUUUCAUUUGCCUGAUAAGAACUGGGUUAUUUCCAUUGAAAUUUUUUAUGUUUAAGGAAAUUAAGAUUUUACCUUUUACUUAUGAAUUUUGCAAAGUUUGCUAAUCUGCUUAGUUGGUAGUCUGGGUGAUGCUGCUUAGAGCUGAGUAUUAAUUUGAUGACGAUAUAUUUUGUUCACAGAAUAAGUAAGCUCUCUGUGGAAGAAUCCAUUUGACAGUUGGGUCAUACAGGUAGAAUCUAAUUGAAUUUAGAUUGAGGAGCCAGUGUCCAUUGCUUUUGGCUCUCCUUUGGUAGUCCACCACGUGUGUCUCAGUGCUUUUUAAAUUUCAUCCAUUCUUUAAUUCAGUGUCAGCCUAUGUGUGUGUCAUAGAACACUUAGUGCUAAAAGAUAUUCUGCAAAUAAGUUUUGGAAUCCCUUCGUGCUGUGUCCCCUUUCUAGAUUCACAAUGCACAUCAGCAAAUGAUACUUUCUGAGGGGUCUUCCAGUAAAGGUGGAAAAACACCUCUUUUGACUCAAUGUUUUGCAAACCUAUUUGACCCCAAAACCCUUUUUCAUGUAUGCCCAGUAAUAACCCACAGAACUAAUAUUCUGCAAAUAUUCCCUGGAGCACACUGCCUUUAACAGAUAUUCCUGUAGUUAAUCAGUAUAGUAUUUUUGCUCCCAAGCCUAGUUAAAGCCCACUUGUUUCAAGGGUGUUACAAAAAAUCUUUACACAUAUACAUUUUUUAUGUAAUACACACACAUAAAUAUAUUAUUUUAAGGGGGUGAGGGUCACUAAUUCAGAUAAUUUAUAAAUUGCUCAGUGAUUCUCAACUUCUUUGAAUUUUACUUAUAAUCACACACAUUGAUAUUCAUGUAAAUGUUCCCAUAUACUCAUGGUAAUGACUCAAAUUCCUGUAACAAGGGGAGAACUCUCCUUGUCAGUUAAAACUGUUAAUUCCUGAAAAUAUUAAUUCACCCUACUUCCUUGUUAUAAAAGAAAUAAGACAUUCAAUUGUUUUCCUUGUAUAAAGAUACCAGUUAUCCUUUCCUUAGACUAAAAUUAGGGAAAGUAUAUUUUUUCUAUUCCACUGAUGUUCUUGAAAGUGAUAUAUUUAAUAUAAGUAUUGGGGGGGGAUCCAGUAUGUGCCUAACUAGUCCUGUUCUAGGCUUAAUGGAAACUACUUAAAGAAAUUAAUUCAUGGGUCAGGCUCCUAAAGAGUUUGUAAACUUAAGUUAAAUAAGAUUUGGGAAACAAACGGAGAGCAGUGCAAGAGAGUUUAUCAUUAAGUGCCAAAUCAUGUCAAGUGCUAGAGGCAGGAUGUGUCUUUAAUUCUGUCAUCCAGGUCCCUGUAUGAUGCUGCUGUAAGUGUGAGGUUAACACUGAGAUCCCGAGGGCAAUAAACAUGUAACGUGGGAGGAGUCUGAAUGUAGAGAUGAAAGGUAACGAAUGUAAUGGCUUCUCUUUUCUCUCUUGUGGAAGUGCAUUCAAACCAGAACAGUGCCUUAGAAUGGAUGUUCCCAGCUGCUCUGUAUCUAUGCAAUAUUUUAAUAAAGUGGAGAUAUAUGUGCUCUUCCUGCUUCAAUCACAUUAACUAAUUGUUUGAGCAACUUAGAGCUGCUCCCUGAGCAGUGGCAACUAGCACCACAGUUGACUCCUGCCCUCACUCUAAGUUGGAAUCACUUUGCUCUCUGCAGCCAUGGUGCUGGGGUUAUGCAUCAUUUUUCGCAUUAAAUACAGUCAGUUUCAGCGAGUAGGGUUAGUUGCAAUCAUACUAUGAGUACAUUUUCCCCUUCAUCUAUAACAUAAAUACCCAUCACUGGAUUUUACAGGGUAGAGAAUAUCUAUUAUUCAUUUCUUUGUUACAGUGUCCUGUAUACAACACAAACUAAUAAAUAUGUGUGGCAUGGAGUUGAAACAUAUGAAAUCGUUCUUGGAAAUCAAUAUCACAGUUAGAACAUCAUGCAGAUGUGCCUAGUUGUACUUCUGAGCAUAUCAAAAAGGUAAGAGCAAGAUAUGGUACCUAACUCCUAAGCACUAGGAAGGGCAAAAAACAGUACCCCCCACAUAAGUAUUAUAAAGAUUAAAUAAAAUACAUUUUGUUCAGGCCCUGCACGGUGUAAGCUUUCAAUAAAUAUCCAGCAUAUUGUAUUUUACUUCUUUGUUGUUUUAUGAUAAAAGCAUUUAAGGCUGUGGAUUGUCCUGUAAAUAUGGCUUUAGUCACAUUCAAUAAUUUUUAUGUUUGUAUUAGUCUAUCUCAGGAGGUAAUAGAAGUAAUAUAGUAUGUAUAGCGAUGUAUAUGCAAUCAAUCCUUGAGUAACACAGGUUUGAACUACGCAGGUCCACUGAUACACAGAUUUUUUUUCAAUAAAUAUAUUGGAAAAUUUUUUUGAGA